CUGUUAUAAAUAAGCCUGUAUUGAUGCUUGAUCAAACAGUCGAACACAGCCAAUUUGAGGUUGAAACAAGGAGAAACUCAUCCCAUAACUCAUCAUAAGCAAAGCUGGUUAAAAGUUGAGGAGAAACCAUUACGAACGAAUGAAUAUGUCGACAAUGGAGCGUGAAAGCCAUGUUGAUCACUCAAUGCAGAAACAACCUGAAACCUUUACCGAAGAAUGUUUGAACCAAGUAGAUCUUCAGAAGUCCGAAAUGACCUCAGUCGCAAGAGAACCUCGUUACAAAAACAUAGUCCACUUGUGGGAGUUUCUAUUGGAGCUGUUGGCGAGCGAUGGCUGCAAAGGGAUCAUUUGCUGGAGUAGAAAAGACCACAGGGAGUUCAGGUUGAACAACCCUCACGAGGUUGCUAAAAGAUGGGGACGCUUAAAAGGGAAGACAGGAAUGAACUAUGAAAAACUCAGUCGAGCUUUGAGAUACUACUAUCAACAAGGAAUUAUCAAAAAGGUCCGUGGUCAAAGGCUCGUGUACAAGUUUAACAAACUUCCAUAUCGAUACGAGCCUGGUGUAACAAGAUCUCAACAUCAAUUAAAGAAGAUAAAUAAAAGCAACACCGAAGAACAACAUCAAGCACCAUCUCCUCAGACAGUCACUGUGCCAUCGCCUGUACCUUCAGCUUUCCUUCCACCAAGUCCAACAAGUCCCAUUAGCCCCGUUAUUACCCCACUCAGUAAAGAUUGGUCAUGGCCAGUUGUUCCCGUGCCUACUCGGCCGAUGUUGUGGUAUCAAGGCUCCUCGCUUCUUAAACCAUCAGCAAUCCUCAUUGGCAGAAGCAGGAUUAUGGUUCCGGUCAUGGAUCCGUUGACGUCACUUCCAUUAGGUUUUAAACCAAUUCAGCCAACACCUUUUAAUACGUCAAUACCAGUUUCAGUUAUUCAGCGAACCAUGUAAAGACAUAUUGUGCUGGAAAGCUCUCCCAGAUUCUGUUAUUCGAGUAGAAACUCGGUGCCACGGCCCUUCUCUCUUGUAUCAACAAAGAGUGAAGGCAAGAGGACAAACCAUAGCUACCGUAGUAAACAUUUCUUUGUACAUAGACAAUAAACUUACUUGAAAUGUGUAUAUAAUGUUGUAUGUAAAUAAAAGGAAGGUUGUAUGAAAAA